GAUAUCCUUGAAAAUGAUACAAAAUACGCUUUGAUUUGACUAAGAAGAGGUUAAACAAUAUUGAUAUUCAUCCAAAGUGAUUUUUUUAAGCAAAUGUUUGAGACUUUGAUGGGGAAAAUGGGAGUUGUGGAAGACUCAUUAAAACUACCAAGCAAAAGCAUCACAGACCACUGAAAUAGUCUUCAUAGUACAUCAGCACUUUCUUUUCAUCGUUAUUACGUAAAACCUCUGGAAGCACCUUGGGCGUUUUACAUUUUCUUUUCUUUGCUGCAGAAGCAAUCUGCUCCCUGGAAUUCUGACCUGUGGUGAACAGAAAGACUGUACUGGGUACUCUAAAACGAUCCCGCCUCCAAUCCAGUCUGGUUAAUUGUGAAAAGUGUACACAUUUCUGGCUUAUCUAUGCUUUGUUAUGGGUCUGACGUGAAACUACCUCCUCCCCACCCCACCCCCCCAGCAGAGAACCAAAAUCCAGUUGAAUUGUUACAGUGUUUCGGAGCUGGAGCCUUGAACUGCUUUCUUGAUCAAAUAACUUUGUUUUUGGUUGUAAAACGGCAUUUCAGGAAGGAAAAAAAAAAGGAAAAUCGAGAGAAAUUCAAAACGAUGCCUUGAGACACACGCAGCAUCUGGUGGAGGAUUAACAUCCAUACAUGUGUAUGGACGCGUCACGUAUAUAUUUACUGCAAAUGGUGGGGAUAAUUUAGUGCCCGAGAUGGGAGACCUGAAGUCAGGUUUUGAAGAGGUGGACGGCGUGAGGCUCGGCUACCUCAUCAUUAAAGGCAAGCAAAUGUUUGCCCUGUCCCAAGUCUUCACGGACCUGCUGAAGAACAUCCCGAGGACGACCGUGCACAAGCGCAUGGACCACCUCAAAGUGAAAAAGCACCACUGCGACCUGGAGGAGUUGCGGAAACUCAAGGCAAUCAACAGCAUCGCCUUCCACGCCGCCAAGUGCACGCUCAUCUCCCGGGAAGACGUGGAGGCGCUCUACACCUCCUGCAAGACCGAGCGCGUGCUCAAGACCAAGCGCCGGCGGGCGGGCCGGGCCCUGGCCGCCCCGGAGGCGCCGCCGCCCGAGCGCGCUGCAGCAGCAGCGGCCGCGGGCCCCCGCGCGGGCUUCUGGAAGGACGAGCCCCAACUUUGGCGCGGCCCGAGCGGCGCCGCGCGGCCCCUGCCAAUCAGCGCGCAGGCCCCGCGCCCCGCCGCCGCGCGCCCCGCAGCCCAGCUACCUCAGCUCUUCAGCAAAUACCCGGGCGCGCCCUACCCGGAGCUGCUGCGCUCGCCGUGCAAGCCCGCCGUCAACUACGAGCCCGCCCCGCUGCAGGGGAGCUACGUCGCCUUCCCCUCGGACCCCGCGUAUCUGCGCAGCCUGCUGUGCAGCAAGCACCCGGCCGCCGCGGCCGCCGCGGCCGCGGCCGCAGCAGCAGCCGCUGCAGCAGCCGCCGCCGCAGCAGCGGCGGCCGCCGCCUACUACCAGGCGGCCGGGCCGCCGCCCAAGGUCGCGGCGGGCGCCGGGGGCGCGGGGAGCCUCGCGUACCGCUGCAGGCGCAGGCGCGCGGGCGCCAAGGACGGCCUGCUCGCGCCCCACGCCGGCGCGCGGCGCCUGCUGCUGCUGCCCAGGUCCUACAAAGCCAAGGCGGCGGCGGCCGCGGCCGCGGCUGCGGCGGGGGCCGCCUGCCUGCAGCGGUUCCACCUGGUCAACAGCUUCUGCUCGCCGCCGCCCCACCAGCACCAGCACCAGCACCAGCACCAGCACCACCAGCACCACCCGCACCGCCGGCGCCGGCGCCGCCGGGCCCCGCCGCCGCCGCACGGCCGGCCCCCCGCGCCCCCCCGGCCGCAGCCCCCUCUGGGCAGCUUUCCCGAGAGCUGCAGCAGCGACUCGGAGUCCAGCUCCUACUCGGACCAUGCGGCCAACGACUCGGAUUUUGGCUCCAGCUUGUCCAGCUCCAGCAACUCGGUGUCCUCCGAGGAGGAGGACGAGGAGGAGGGAGAGGACGAGGAGGAGGGAGAGGACGAGGAGGAGGGGGGCAGCGGAGCCUCGGACUCCAGCGACGCCAGCUCCGAGGAGGAGGACUCCUCCACCGAGUCCGACUCCAGCUCCGGCUCCAGCCAAGUGUCCGUGCAGAGCAUCCGUUUCAGGCGCACCAGUUUCUGCAAGCCGCCCAGCGUGCAGGCGCAGGCCAACUUUCUGUACCAUCUGGCCUCCGCCGCCGCUGCAACCAAACCCGCUGCUUUCGAGGAUGCCGGGCGGCUCCCCGACCUCAGGGGCAGUGUCAAAGCCGAGGCGCCCGAGGAGUGGAGCCCGCAGAGCUGGGCCCCCAAAACGUCCCCGGUGUACUGCCCGGCCAGCCUGGGGAGUUGCUUCGCGGAGAUAAGAAACGAGAGGGUAUCUGAGGUGACGUACCCGCGCCCUGAAAUCGCCAGCCCUGUAAAGAGAACUGACCUGACAAUUAACUGCCUGGCGGAGGGGGCCUCUUCACCUAGCCCUAAGACAAACAAUGCAUUUCCACAACAAAGAAUACUCGGAGAGGCUAGGAAAUGCCUACCAGCAACUCCUGCUACACACUGUGCAGAUAAUAGUAACACAAUAGCUGCUAGGUUCUUAAAUAACGAUGCUUCGGGAGCGGCAGCAAAUUCAGAAAAUGAUUUCAAAAUCCUUCAUUGUGCUGAAUUUGCUACGGAUUUGCCCUCUUCGCAAACUGACCCAGAGGUGGAUGCUGCUGCUGCUGCCGCAGCAGUAGCAGCAGCAGCAGUAGCAGCAGCAGCAGCAGCAGCAACAACAACUAAAGCGGAGACUCCCUGCACUGACACCAGGGACAAGACAUUGCCAUUUCUGCACAACAUUAAAAUCAAAGUGGAAGACAGUAGUGCUAACGAAGACUAUGAACCUGACCUUAUUACAAAUAAGCUAAAGUGCGAGUGCAAUGAUACGAAGGGGGAGUUUUACAGUGUGACUGAAAGUAAAGAGGAGGACACCUUGCUAACCACAGCCAAGGAAGGCUUUGCAUGCCCUGAAAAAGAAGCUCCUUCCUUAAAUCCACUGGCUCAGAAUCAGGGCCUUUCAUGCACUUUAGGUUCUCCAAAACCUGAGGAUGGGGAAUAUAAAUUUGGCGCCAGGGUGAGGAAAAAUUACCGGACACUAGUGCUGGGAAAGCGACCUGGACUUCAGACACCUCCAGUCAAACCAAAUUUGAAAUCAGCUAGAAGUCCUCGUCCUACAGGUAAAACCGAGACACAUGAAGGAUCACUGGAUGAUUUUACAGUUAUAAGCAGACGCAAAAAGGUAGCCAGCAAUGUAGCAUCAGCAGUGAAAAGGCCAUUUAAUUUCAUGGCAAAUUUUCCUUGUCCUCCAUCACUCAUUAUCGGCAAGGAUGGGGAUUUGUGGCCAGCAUAUUCCUUAAACACCACUAAGGAUUCCCAACCUCCUCACAAGGCCCAUCCUAUAUGGAAAUGGCAGCUGGGCGGUUCUGCAAUACCUCUUCCACCUAGUCACAAAUUCAGGAAAUUUAAUUCAUAAAAGUGUUUUGGAAGAUAUUUUCUUGAACCGUAUUACCUUCCUUUUGUUGUGAACUGCACAGGAUGGUUCGUACAAGUCCAUUAAUACGUUACACCCCUUUUGGAGUCCUGGUUUAUCGCAUUUUGAAGACAGAAAUCGGAUUACUUUUUUUUUUUUUUUUCUUUCAGUUGCGGGUUGGUUUGGUGUGUUUUUUUUUUUUUUUUUUUUGGA